UACUGUGUCUGGUACAUCUUUAGGCAUCAGUACCAUGAUGACUUCAGCAAGUAGUACACACGCGAGCAGCAAUCCAUCGAUCAACCUGUCUCUUACUUCGACUAGUCCUUUUAUGUAUAUCGGUAACACGACGACCCCGUUAGUCAGCGCGCCAUCAGUCAUUACAUUUCAAACUCCGUCGAUGACCUCUUACGUCACCGACGAACAAACUACAAUUGAAAAUACGAAUCCUCCUUUUACUCAAUAUCCGGUGUUGCGUCCGGAUUUAGGAUUUGCAGUAUAUGUGGUGGAAUUUGUUCUUGUAAUAAACGCAAAAUAUGACCCUUUAAUUGAAAAGGAUGAGAGUUUCUUGGAGGAUCUUCGCACCAAGUUGAACACGAACAUGUUCAAUAACACACCAGGUUACAGCUUUACACUCAGCUUUAGUGAAGGAAGCAUAAAAUGCCACAUUGAGGCGAGAUUUAAUCAAAGUGCAGUGAUGAUUGCAAAUAAAAACAUCACGACGGUUCUUCAACAAAUUGACGAUAACGUACGGUCGAUUCGAAACAUCUCAACAACACGUGGGGAAGUGAAAACACUGGAUCUGCAACAAAAUGUUAAAGAUAUAAGAGCGAGAGUAAUGGCCCUCAAAGACCAAUGCAGCCUUAUCACAGGCGCAUGCCGGCCAGACUAUGAAUUAACAUGCCUUAACGGUGACGUGUCACGGGGCUCUUGUGUGCACAAAUGCGUCACAACUCAGUCAAUUGACUAUUGUGGCAACCAUGGGACCUGCUUCUAUGACUUUGGAAACGACGUACUGGCUUGCAAGUGCGAUCAGACAUCAUACCACGUGUAUCACGGGUCACGCUGCGACGAGAUGACAGCAACCCAGAAGUAUGUGCUCACCAUGUCAUUGGGGAUAGGCGGUGGCGUGGUGUUCGUCCUGCUGAUCAUCAUCAUAUGUGUGUGCAUCCGCAAUUAUAGAAACAAGAAUAAACACAACAUCAGUGAUUAUGGUGUAUCUAGAUGGGAUGAGCCACCGACAGGCCGUAUAGCGACACUAAAGGAUCUCAGUUUCCGAUCCCAUCCCGGCAAAACAGGGUCGACAUACGGGCGUUACCACCGUACACCGGGUCAUGUCAACAUGGCAUUUGAGCCUGUAUUUAGCGGAAGUGGGCGUUUGCGCCAAGGAAUGUACCUCCCCUCACCGGACGAAGAUGACUUCUACAACACGCCGUCAUUUAUGCGCAUAGAUCCCGCAGCUGAUUACUCUAUUCAAAGACCACAGGUGUCGACAAGACCCAGCGAGAUUUACAGACAACUUUACUCCGACACCCAUUCAGAAUUUCCCAAAGACAGAUCUAGACAGAUGUCGAAAGGACCACAACCAUCAUCUGGAAUUGAAAUAAGAACAAUGUUGUAGUGAGCUUUUGUGAGUGUUUAUGGUGCAUAUCAAGGUCAUUAACCCAUGUAUGUCUAGUGGACUCUUCCAUCCUUCAAAAUUGGAUCAAUUUAUUUCCAAAAUUAGGGAUGUCUAGUAUAUUUAUUUCUAUAUUUAGAAUAUUUCUUACAGAAAUUCCUUUAAGCAAACAGCGCAGACCCAGAUGAGACGCCGCAUCAUGCGGUGUCUCAUCUGGGUCUACGCUGUUUGCCAAGGCCUUUUUUCUAGACGCUAGGCAUAAAUGGGAUAAUCGAAGUGCAAUUAGGAUUUGUAUCCCGUUAGGCCACCAAGAACGCCCUUUGUGUCAUAAUUUGUUUGCAAUUUUUGUUGUAGUAUAUAGCUUUGACCAUAUAAUUAUUUUGUCGUAAAAUAUGUUUUAAUCCUGGCAAAUAUUUCUAUGUGAAUAGGUUCGUAAAUGCAUUGUAACACACAUGUAGCUUGCGAUUGGUAAAUAAUUGAUUUAAUUUGCAUUACAAGUGCAAACAUUUUCUGAGGCAAAAUUUGUCUUAAUAGACUGUUUCGGACUAACAAGAAAGAAACUGAUAGCCUUAUCAUGCCAAGAGAAUAUCAUCCCCAUUAAACGCUUUUAGUACAACACGUAAUUAUUGUGUAAAAAUGUUUUAUUGCGUUCAUACGUAAUCGGAAAUUUUAUGUUGAAUAUCAACCGGUGCUUAUCUUCCAGAAUCUCCCGUAAGAAAAUUUUAAUCUCAUUUGUUUAUUAAUUCAAUCUUGACUUUCAUAUUUGAAUAAUCAUAAAUCAUAUAUGUUUAUAUUUAUAUUUCAAUCAUUUGAAAUCUUCAAUCAUUCACACAGAGAGAUAAUCGCUGGUGGAUGCCAUAUUAUAUUUUUUUAAGUCAUCUUUAUAUGCAUUACAGUUGGUUCAAUUGUAUAAUUUGAACAAAUAUUUUAUCUAAGUUGGUUAUCAUUUUAAGGACAUGAAAUUAUUUCAUAUUACAUAUUUUAAGUUUGUGUAUAUAUUCUCAUCAGAUGUGGGAAAACGCGUUCUAUCUUUAUUGGUAAAAUAUGUGGUGUUUAUGUAUACAUUUUAAAGUAUAAAUAUCAAAUAAUCUAGCUAGAUAUAGAUCAAAAUGUUAUCAAUAAAAACUGUUGUUGA